UGCCUGGCCGCCACUUGUCAGUAUGUAGCAGAGCAGAUAGCACACAGAGCAGGAGGCCAUGACGGAGCCCCGACUCCCCGGGAAGGGGGUGUGUCCGGGGAGGGGCAAGUGAGAGAGACGUGGGACUGAAGGAAAGAGACUUGUCUUGAAUGAGAACAAGCUGGAGAGGCGGUGGGCAGUAGACAUUCCAGGAGCCGCAGAGAAGCGGAGAACAUAGCUGAGGACAUGCCGGGCAACGGGAUGGAGCCUCGGGCUCUGAAAUACGAGCAGACUCUGAUGUAUGGGCGUUACACUCAGGACCUAGGAGUUUUCGCUAAAGAGGAGGCUGCUCGUAUUCGGCAAGAAACGGUAGGUCGCAAACCAGGCAAAAGCGACCAGCCACGGGUAGCUGAGCUAAAAGAAUAUGAUGAGAGCCGUUGUGCCAAGUGUAGAAUCUGUUGCGUGCACAUUCAGAGGCUUUUGCUGUCUCAUAUUGGGGAAGACUGGAUAUUCCUUAUUCUUCUGGGCUUAGUGAUGGCUCUUGUCAGCUGGGUCAUGGAUUUCACAAUUGCAGUUUGCCUACAAGCUCACAAGUGGAUGUAUGGAGGUUUGGAGAAUAAUAUUUUUCUACAAUACUUGGCCUGGGUUACAUAUCCUGUUGUCCUCAUCACUUUCUCUGCAGGAUUCACACAGAUCAUGGCGCCUCAGGCUGUGGGCUCUGGCAUUCCUGAGAUGAAGACUAUCCUGCGUGGUGUGGUGCUAAAAGAAUAUCUCACCCUUAAAACUUUUAUUGCCAAAGUCAUUGGACUAACUUGUGCCCUUGGUAGUGGAAUGCCACUUGGAAAAGAAGGCCCGUUUGUGCAUGUUGCCAGUAUGUGCGCUGCUCUACUCAGCAAGUUCAUGUCGCUGUUUGGUGGAAUAUAUGAAAAUGAGUCUCGUAACAUUGAGAUGUUGGCAGCAGCUUGCGCUGUUGGAGUUGGAUGCUGCUUUGCUGCUCCUAUUGGAGGAGUCCUGUUUAGCAUUGAGGUCACUUCAACGUUUUUUGCUGUGAGAAAUUACUGGCGUGGUUUCUUUGCUGCUACCUUCAGCGCUUUCAUAUUCCGAGUCUUGGCUGUGUGGAACAAGGAUGAGGAGACCAUCACCGCUUUAUUUAAAACCCGCUUUCGCUUGGACUUUCCCUUUGACCUGCAGGAACUUCCAGCUUUUGCUGUGAUUGGGAUUGCCAGUGGAUUUGGUGGUGCAUUGUUUGUUUACCUGAAUCGGAAAAUUGUAGAAUUUAUGAGGAAGCAGAAAGCCAUUAACAAGUUUCUUAUGAAAAAGCGCUUGUUGUUUCCUGCUGUGGUCACUCUACUCAUAUCCACUUUGACAUUCCCUCCUGGAUUUGGACAAUUUAUGGCGGGUCAGCUCACCCAAAAAGAAACCCUGGUAACACUGUUUGAUAAUUGCACAUGGGCUCAGCAAGGUGUCUCAGAGGAUUUUAUGUUCAAAGGAGCUUCCAGUGCAUGGAAAAACCCUAAAACAAAUGUGUUUGUUAGUCUAGUGAUCUUCAUUCUAAUGAAGUUUUGGAUGUCUGCUCUGGCUACUACAAUUCCAGUGCCAUGUGGAGCAUUCAUGCCAGUCUUUGUGAUUGGUGCUGCAUUUGGCAGGUUGGUUGGCGAGAGCAUGGCUGCUUGGUUCCCAGAUGGUAUUCACAGUGAUGGGAGUACAUAUCGAAUUGUGCCAGGUGGUUACGCAGUUGUUGGUGCCGCAGCACUGUCUGGAGCGGUCACACAUACUGUGUCUACAGCAGUCAUUGUCUUUGAGCUGACGGGUCAGAUUUCUCACAUCCUACCAGUGAUGAUUGCAGUCAUUCUAGCAAAUGCUGUAGCACAGAGUCUGCAGCCAUCCCUUUAUGACAGCAUUAUUCGCAUAAAAAAAUUACCUUAUCUUCCAGAACUGGGUUUUGGUCACCAGGAGAGGUACAAUGUGCGAGUUGAGGACAUCAUGCUGAGAAACAUCCCCUUUGUGACACUGAACACUAAAUAUCGAGAGCUGCAGGAGCUUCUUACAGACUGCCGAAUGAAGAGCCUGGCGCUGGUGGAGACGGCAGAGUCCAUGGUAUUGCUGGGCUCCAUUGACUGCUCUCAGCUGGUGUCUUUGUUGCGAUUUCAGCUCAGCAGAAAGCGUCGCCUGCAGCAGCCUAGAGAGGGAGAGAAUGGAGGAAGAAAAGAAACCGAGAGCAUUGUACGAUUCCAGAUUGCCACAGAGGAAUCCACAUUUUCUCCUCCCAAAGCAAUGGAAGCAAAUAAGCCCCUGAAGCCAGCUCUAAAACGUAUUCAGAGUAGCCUAACUGAUUAUUCUCAAGAUGAAUCUGAUAAUUCAGUAAAAGCCUUGAAAACUAUAUUCUGUGCCAAAGAUUUUAGUGAGGAUGUAGAGUCUUCCAAGACUGCUGCUUCCCCUUCAAAAGCAAAAAAGAGCAAACAGAUACGUCUGCGUUUAAGGGGUGAAGAUAUGGAUGAGAGAGACACUAUGUCACCAUCAGAGAUUUUACAGUGGGAAGAACUACAGCUGGAUGAAACUAUCAAUUUCAACAACUGCAAGAUUGACCCAGCACCUUUCCAGUUGGUGGAAAGAACAUCUCUUCAUAAAGCUCACACUAUUUUCUCAUUGCUUGGAAUGGACCAUGCGUAUGUCACCUCUAUAGGGAGAUUGAUUGGAAUGGUAACAUUAAGAGAGCUCCGUAAAGCCAUAGAAGGCUCGGUGACUCAGAAGGGUGCAAAGGUACGUCCUCCUUUGGCUAGUUUUCGGGACAGCUUCACAAGUAGCAGUGAGACCGAGACUGCCAAUGUCAGCAGACUAUGGGAAAGAAGUCGACGGCACCUUCUACCCCGUGAGUCCAGCCCAUCUGACAGUGAAGACAAGUGACCUGGUUGUCAACUGGUCACCAUCCUGCAUCUGGAGGAUUAUGGGACAUCAGUACGGUCACCUGUAUUAAAACGGAUAAUACUCAGAUGAACAUUUUAAAUCGGAGUCUUCCAUGCCAGCUCCAGGAAAACACGCAAUGUACUGUGACCUCUUUUGGCCUUGAAUCCAAAAGUGCCCUAUAGCUUCUCAAUGAAGCCGACACUUGGCUUGUGAUAAUCACAGGACUGGGUGCAAUCUAGGACAGAUGUGGUAACAGUGACUGGACAAAAAAAGGAUCACCUAUAAAUCAGUAGCCAUAUACUUUAUAUAUCCACCUGAUGUAUGCUGGAAAUGGGAGUUUAACACUGCCACUAAUUUUUAAUGCAAUUUAACUAAAUUAAUGUAAUUUAUGAAGGCUCAAAAUUCUAAAACCAAUGUAUAAAGUCUAAGUAGCUGCUAUAAGAUACAGCACAACUAACCAAUAUCCCAGUGACAAAGGUUAUAGCUGUCCUGUUUUUCUAAGCCUGAAAAGAAAAUAUUUUGGAGUGCCCCAAAAAAAAUGUAAUUUCUAUAUGGAACAAGAAGGCAUAAUUGCCACAGUAAAAUUCUAAAUAGACCUCAGGUAAACUACAGUUAAGAAAAUAAAAUGGUAUGAUAUGACACAAAGCACUGCCAAAUCUCCCUUGUCAAACUGUGACUCUAUGGGGAGAUUUACUGAAAUUGGUGCAUAUAGAAUCUGGUGCAGCUGUGCAUAGUAACCAAUCAUUUUCUAGGUUUUUAUUGUCCAUGCUUCAUUAAGAGCUCUUUCACACUGAGGUGCUUGAAAACUGCCCAUAAAAGCACUUUUGAGGCAUUAGCAGGUGCGCCUUUUUGAAGGUCACGUUAAUCAAAAACUGCUUCAAGAAUCAUUUUGAGGCGCUUCCCAUUCAUUUCAAUAAGGAAGGGCGCUUUUUUUAGCGCUACAAACAUGCUCCACAGAUGCUGCUUGCAGGAGUUUUUUCACCUACUCGCCAGGACACCGCCCCAGUGUGAAAGAAUUAAUUGAUUUUAAUAUAAAUAGGUUUUCGUGAGCUUUUCGAGGCCUUUUUUUUGUAGUACCAAAGUGCUUGAAAAGCAACUCAUUGUGAAAGGGCUCUAAACAAGCUGAAGUUGAAAGCUGAUUGGUUACUUUGCACCGCUGCACCAGAUUCUGUGUGAACCAGUUUUAGUAAAUCUUCCCCUUUUAUAAUCUUCUGAGACGGCAAAAAAAAUUAGGUUCACCUGCACAAUUUCCAGGAUAUACUGGCACUAGGGACAUUUAUCUCUGUUUUAGGAGAAUGGUCUCUUUAUUUUAUGAAGUCUGCAGAAUUUGAUAAUGUCACCUCUCUAUUGUGUAGUCUGUUUUUAGGUGUAUGAUUACAAGGUACUUUUAUCUUGCCAGUAAUCUGUUUUACUCAUUCAUCAUCUUGUUUUGUUAAUUAAGAAUUAUUUUCUGUAUUUCUUACUUGGAGUUAUUUAAUAGAUAUGCUCACCAUUUAAUGUUAAAUAAUAAUUCAUUACUUAUUAGAAAAUGUUA